AUAAAAAUGGACGAGUUAAAUAGAAAAAAAUUUCGCCUGUCCAUAAUACUCAAUGACGCAAUAAUAGAAUCAUUAAAUUUUUCAAAAACUGAAGGAUUUUUAGCCAAUGGUGAAACUCCAGUUUAUUUAACGAACAUUCAUUCGUUAAAAAAAAUGUUGGGUUCGAAAAUUGUUGAUGACUAUAAAUUCAUUAAAACAACUAUUGAAGAGUAUGUUCCAGAAAUCGGUGGAUUUAGAUUUUAUCACAAUUAUCAAAAAUCAGGAUCGCUGAUUGUAUUUUUUAAUAAUUAUUAUAUAAGUUUGGAAGGAAAUAUUGGCCCCUAUGUACUUCGACGUUUCCCAGCAGAAGUUUUCAACGACCAAAAUAAAUAUGUAUAUGCUAAAUUAAUUCGACCUGAUCAACAGACGUACUACCGGAAGUGGGAUACUCCGGUCGAUCUUUCGAUAAUGCCUUACAAUUUAUUUUCGCCGAAAUUACAAAUAGUUAACUCUCAACUAUUUCUUAUAGUACACCCAAGUUCCAUAGAUAAUAAACCUCGGGGCGAAUUGAUGAGGAUUAUAUUGAUGUUCCACAAUCAUUUAGACAUGUUUUUUGGAAAUUUUACACUGCCGCAAAUAAAAUUAACUAUCAAAGGAAUACUUCUUCCAGAUAUUAACAAACCAAUUUUAUAUCAAGGAGAUAGAGAACUAGAUUUGGAAUUUAUAACUCAUGUAACUCUGAAAAAAAGUUUAACGAAAUUUUUGAUCGAAAAUAAAGAUUAUUUUCAUUUAGAGCUGCAUGAUAAUAUAUUUUUUCAAUUUGGAUCAUUUAUAGGCGGGCUGAUAGGAUUUUCUUAUCCAACAAUUCCACGGGCUUGUGAAGUCAGUCCAGUUUGUUAUAAAUUAUUUGGAACCAUUCAUGGAGAUUAUCAAACCUAUCAUAUCCUGCAUCUCCAAUAUUUAGCUGUCCUGUAUGGCACCAAUUUCAAUAAAAAAGAUGAGGCAUGUCCUGAAAUAUCCCACUCACAAGCAAGAUAUGUACUCUCGCCGCCAUUGCUGUGGACUUAUUGUUCGGUAGACCAAAUGUCAAAAUAUUUUAUUAAACAUGACUGCUCUUAUUACAACAAACAUAAACCGGAUUUAUCGUUGGAUAUAACAGACCCGAAGGAUGAUCGACUUCGGAUGUCAAUUGGGCUCAAGCUUUAUGAGCAGCCUGAAUACAGUCCAAAUAACAAACCGAUGGAUAUAUCACUAAAUGUCUCACAUGGAAUGCAGACAAAAAAAGUGAUGUGUUCUUGCAUACCUUGAAAUAUUAUCUUAGUUUUCUGCCCCUCGAAAAGUGUGUAAAAAAAAAUAAUUAUAGACUCAUAGAAUAAUAUAUUUAAAUAUUCAUAAAAUAUAAAUACUUUUCAAGAACUAUCAAUUUAUUUGAGUUUGCGCUUACAUAUUUUAUAUAUUAUUACAUAUCCAUUAACUAUAUACAUUUCUUAUAAAUAAUUAAAAGCAAAAAUUUUAAUCAAUUAAUUAAUUAAUUAAUUCAUCUGCUUGAUUGAGUAAACGUGAU